UGACCGGGUGUGGUGACACUUAUUUCCUCUUUCCUGACCUGCGGUUUACCGGAGACGAAGCCGUUUCUCUGUUUGGCCUGAGUCAUAGGAGGUGGUGAGUGCCCCAGCCAUUGGGGGUUUAAAGGUGCAGUUUUCUUUUAUUAAUCUAUAGUCUGCUUUGUAAGCGCAAGCUAUGGAGGAUUCUGAUGCGUUAGAGGGUACUCCCUCUUUACCUAAGUCUAAUACCUGUCUAUAUUGUGAGGAGGCCGUGGUAUACCAGUCCGCUCAACUAUGUUCCACAUGCUUUGAUACAUACAUUUACAUAUAUAUAUAUAUAUAUAUAUACACACACACACACACACACCCAUAUAUAUAUAUAUAUACAUACAUACAUAUAUACACACAUAUAUAUGUAUAUAUAUAUAUAUAUAUAUAUAUAUAUAUACAGAUACACACAUAUAUACACAUAAUAUGCGCACACACAUUUAUACAUACACACAUAUAUACAUACACACAAUAUACAUACACAUAUACACACACACACACAGACAUACACACACAGACAUAUACAUACACACACACUUAUUAAAAAAAAAAAAAAAAAAUCUGGCUCCUAAAAGUAUUUUGGUUGGCUCCUAGACUUAAAAUAAAUUUGUUAUGCCCUGACUUACCUUUUCUGCAAUGUACUAUUACCCUGUACCACACUGGAGUUCAGGAAGGGAGAGAAAAUUGACACACAUACAAACACACACACGCACAUACACACAGAUACAUACACCCCCCCCCACACACACACACAUACAUAGACAUAGUAUGUACUGAUACAUACAUACAUACAUACAUACAUACACACAGACACACACACACAGACACACACACACACAGAUACACAUUUAUUAAAGAAAAAAAAAUCUGGCUCCUAAAAGUAUUUUUGUUGGCUCCUAGACCUAAAAUAAAUUUGUUAAGCCCUGACUUACCUUUUCUGCAAUGUGCUAUUACCCUGUACCACAUUGGAGUUCAGGUAGGGGGGGGAAUUGACACACAUAAAUACACGAACACACACAGAUGCAUACAGAGACACAAACACACACACACACUCACAGAGAUACAUACACAUAAACACACACACACAGAUACAUACACACAGAGAUACAUACACACACACACACAGAUACAUACAUACAUACAAACACACAGAGAUACAUACAUACACACACAGAUAUACAUACACACACACACACACAGAGAUACACACACACGCACAGAGAUACAUACACAAAUACACACAAACAUACACACAGAUACACACACACACAAAUACACACAAAUACAUAUACACUCACAGAUACAUACACACACAGAUACAUACACAAAUACACACACAUACAUACACACAGAUACACACACACACACACACACACACAGAUACAUACACAAAUACACACACAUACAUACACAUAGAUACAUACACACCCCCACACACACAGAUACAUACACACACAUACACACAAACACAGAUACAUACAUACAUACAUACAUACAUACAAACAUACAUACACACACAGAUAAAUACACUCAAAUGAAACAAACAGGAACAGCACACACUCCAGGGAUAGUGCACAAGUGACCCAAGGGCACUGCUAGGUACUUGUAUAGAUAGCAAUAGAAAGCAUAGGUCCUCAGCACUUUAAAUAAUCAAAUCAGUUUUAUUCACACAGGAAAAGCGACGUUUGGUAGUACAUCCUUCCCAUUUCAGCUUGCUAGAGCAGAAACAUGUUUUGAAUUCAUUUGCUGAAUGAGCUUGGCCUGACUGCAAUCGCUAACACUGCUAGAGACGUGUUGAGGAGUUGUAGAUUAAUCAAUCUGGGCUAAAUCCUGUAUAACGAUAUGUGUCAGCAAGAUGUCUACCCGGAACUGCCAUGGAAUGGACUCAUUGGUAAAGCCCCUGGACACGAUUCCUGAAGAUAAGAAAGUUAAAGUGCAGAGGACACAGAACAGUUUUGACCCAUUUGAAAAAACAGCAAACCAGGUGAAAAGAGUGCAUUCAGAAAACAAUGCAUGCAUUAACUUUAAGAGCACGCCGGUGGGAAAGGAAUCUCCUAAGGUCAGACGACAUUCAAGUCCCAGUUUGCCAACAAGUCCUAAAUUUGGGAAAGCCGAUUCAUAUGAAAAAUUGGAAAAAUUAGGCGAAGGCUCCUAUGCUAUAGUUUAUAAAGGCAAAAGCAAAGUGAAUGGAAAGCUAGUGGCAUUGAAGGUGAUAAGACUGCAAGAAGAGGAAGGUACUCCGUUUACUGCCAUCAGGGAAGCUUCACUUCUUAAAGGACAACAUUGUAACAUAGUGCUGCUACAUGAUAUAAUCCACACCAAGGAAACAUUGACGCUUGUGUUUGAGUAUGUGCACACAGAUUUAUGUCAAUAUAUGGACAAACAUCCAGGAGGAUUGCAUCCAGAAAAUGUGAAGUUGUUUCUGUUCCAGCUGCUGCGGGGUUUGUCCUAUAUUCACCAAGGCCAUAUUUUGCACAGAGACCUAAAACCACAAAAUAUUCUCAUCAGCGACACUGUCGAGUUAAAGCUAGCUGAUUUUGGUCUUGCCCGAGCCAAAUCAGUCCCAAGUCACACUUACUCUAAUGAAGUAGUGACAUUAUGGUACCGACCCCCAGAUGUCCUUUUGGGUUCAACAGAAUACUCUACUUGCCUUGAUAUGUGGAGUGUAGGAUGCAUAUUUGUAGAAAUGAUCCAGGGAGUUGCUGCUUUUCCAGGAAUGAAAGACAUACAAGACCAAUUGGAGCGGAUAUUUUUGAUUCUUGGAACGCCCAAUGAAGAUACAUGGCCUGGAGUCAAUUCCUUACCCCAUUUUAAACCAGAACGCUUUCCGCACUACGGGCCUAAGAACCUUCGACAAGCUUGGAAUAAACUUAGCUAUGUGGACCAUGCAGAAGAUUUGGCUUCCAAGCUCCUCCAGUGCUUCCCAAAGAACAGACUGUCAGCGCAGACUGCUCUCAAUCACGAUUAUUUUAGUGACCUUCCCCCACGGCUGUGGGAAUUAAGUGAUAUGUCUUCCAUUUUUUCUGUACCGAAUGUGAAAUUACAUCCUGAAGCUGCAGAGGGCACAAGGGUAUUUGGGAAAACCAAUAGUUUCUGCAAAGGUCUAAUAGCAAGCACUGAUAUUGGCUGGAGAUUAAAUAUAAAUACAGGAUAGAACUUCAAUCAAAUUGAAAGUAAACCUUUGAAUGGAUCACUUGCCUUAUGGAAUAGGAGUUUUGGUUUCAAUGAACAACAUUCUACUGCAGAAUAAAUCUGGCAAGACACAAUUUCACCUUAUAACUUCAAGCCUUGCACGUAAUUUGCUACCUUGUGAUUUUUAUGAAAAAUAAACUGUAAAUUCUACAUGUCACAUUUUACUUUUUGUAUAUUAUAUUUGGAUUUAUUUUGUUUUUCUACACUGUACAACAUUUCUUGGGAAAAAAAUACUUUACUAUAAAUGCAUCCAAAAUUGUUUUCUUACCAUUUAUUUUACACAAGGCCACACACUGUAGUUUUAUUUAACAUAGAUGUGGGAUCUUCUCUUUUUAAAAUGAAUCAUUAUACAAUCUUAUCAUGUUUUCUUUAAACAAAUCUUUAUUAUUCCAGCAUUUAAAUACAUUUACAUUUAUGAACAUAUUGAUUUUAUUAUCAAAAUUCCUUCCUUAAGCAAUUUACUGUUAUGCAACAUUUAGUGUUGUGCAACCAAACUAUUUUUUCUUUCAGAUAAGCAUUUUGAAUAUUUUGACAUAAAAAUAAACUGUAUUAACAUUGAAAAAAAAAAGAAAAAAAAAAAAAGAAAAAAAAAAAAAAAGGAAAAGCAACGUUUCGGGGUGUGCGUGUUUGUAUGUAUCUCAAUAGAAAACAUAGGUCCUCAGCACUUUAAAUAAUCAAAUCAGUUUUAUUAAUACAGGAAAAGCAAAGUUUCGGGGUCGCAGCCACUUAUUCAUGCUCGAUAACAUUAUGAUGGCUCAAUACAU